CCCCUAGGCAUGCAGACUGCUUCUACAAACAUUGGUGAAAGAAUGGAUCGCUCUCAGGAGCUCAGUGACUCCAAGCGUGGUCCUGUGAUAGGUUGCCACCUGUGCAAUAAGUCCAUCCGUGACAUUUCCUGUCUACUAAAUAUUCCACGCUCAACUGUUAGUGGGAUUAUAACAAAGUGGAAGCAACUGGGAACAACAGCAACUCAGCCGUAAAAUGACAGAGCGGGGUCAGCGCAUGCUGAAGUGCACAGUGCACAGAAGUCGCCAACUGUCUGCAGAGUCAAUAGCUAAAGACCUCCAAACUUGGCCUUCAGAUUAGCACAACAACGAUGUGUAGAGAGCUUCAUAGAAUGGGUUUCCAUGGCCAAGCAGCUGCAUCCAAGCCUUACAUCACCAGGUGCAAUGCAAAGCAUCGGAUGCCGUGGUGUAAAGCACGCCGCCAAGGGACUCUAGAGCAGUGGAGACAUGUUCUCUGGAGUGAUCAAUCACGCUUUUCUAUCUGGCAAUUGAAUGGACCUGUCUGGGUUUGGGGGUUGCCAGGAGAACGGUACUUGCCUGACUGCAUUGUGCCAAGUGUAAAGUUUGGUGGAGGGGGGAUUAUAGUGUGGGGUUGUUUUUCAGGUGUUGGGCUUGGCCCCCUAGUUCCAGUGAAG